AGAUGGGUGCCCUUGAUACCUGUUCUCAAAGGAUGCUGCAUCAGGUGCAGCAUUUAUUUGCCCUGUCCUAGGCAAAGGUCGGCAUUCUGACCUACCUGGGAAGAUUUCCAUAUCAUGGCUUGUCACUUGCUAUUGGAUUGAUUGAUGAUUGAAUAUAACAACAACUUAACACAAGGUUCAUCUACUACAACCCUGCCAUAAUGCCUCCCAAGUACACCGAAUACCAACAGAUCUUCCGGGUGGGUAAAAAUGGAUCGUCGAAUGGUUCUUCUGAAAUACGAACCAGCAAGCAAAGGCCUGGCAAAGAUGCCAACUCCAAACCAGAGACGCAUAGGCGCACCAGACCCCUGACCAGUGACGCCAAAGUGUCGGAGGCCCAAGCCCGUCUUCAGCGACUAGAACAGAUUGUUGCGACCUUGAUGCAGCCAGGUCAGAACGUUAUUGCAACCCCUGGGCAGACUCUGCCAUCCCGUGGUGGCAUCUCUUGCGUAGUCCCAGAUGCAGCCAUUGGCAUUGGGAGGACAAAUCAUACGGGAAGAGAAUCUUCUCCGACUCCAACCCAAUCCAAAGGAUAUCUGGAGUAUGGCCCAAGUGAGACUACCUAUCUUGGAGCCACUCAUUGGGCGAGUAUCCUAGGAGAUAUCCAGGAUAUCCAAGAUUGCCUGGCAAAUGAUCGCGCAGACGACAUCUCUGUUUACCUCGACGAGGCUACACUUGACGAGGACGACGUCGUCUUGGGAGAGAGUCGGUCGAUUACACUGGAACAAGCAUGCAAUCUCCUGCCGCCGCGGCCGAUUGCAGAUAAACUUCUGUCGAUAUAUUUCGAAGCUAGAUUUCUCCAUAUCCCAUUCAUUCACAAAGCCAAAUUCCACAGAGAGUACAAGUUGUUCUGGGAAGAACCUGCCUCGAUGUCUCUCCUUUGGCUCUCAAUCCUAUUCUCUGCGUUCCAUCUAGCUUCGUGGAUAAAUAACGUACGGUUAAAGACUCGUGAUCAUGAGUUACAUCAGGCUCCAUCACAACAGCCAUACCACGCCACUGCGGCACAGCUGCUUAUUGCGGGACACUAUCAGAAAGGACGGCCAUAUUCAGUCGAGGCGAUGGCCAUCUACACUCUUUGCAGAUGUGUUGCAGCAGCACCAGCACCUUCUGAGCCAUGGAUUUUGAUGGGAGUUUGCACAAGGCUCGCCCUCAAGAUGGGCUAUCAUCGAGAUCCACGAAAUUUGGCCCACAUUUCCCCUUUUGAAGGUGAAAUGCGGAGGAGGACAUUCUAUAACGUGAGGACGCUUGACCUGCUUCUUUCAUUUCAAGCCGGGCUCCCCACGAUUCUUCACGAGGAAGUUUGCGAUACCCGAAUCCCAGCAAAUUUGUUCGACGAGGAUUUUGAUGAAGACUGCACCGAAUUACCGCCUUCCCGGCCAGACUCGGACCAUACUCCCAUGAGUUAUUAUCGUUUCAAAGGUGAAUUAGCGCUUCGCUUCGGCUUCGUUGCACGCUGUGCUCUCAAGACCAGUGUUCCCUCAUAUGAUAUCAUCAUGAAAGCAGACGCCGAGCUUCGAAUGUUCAUUGCGACGAUCCCCUCAUUUCUCGCCAUGAAGCCACUUUGUCUAUCCAUGUCUGAUGAGCCAUAUCUCAUCUUUCAAAGAAUCAACAUCGAAUUAAUGUACCGCAAGAAUCUCAUGAUCUUGCACCGCAACUAUAUCAGCUACGAGAGAUCUAACCCAGGUUAUGAGCAUUCGCGAAACACGGCGUUAGAGGCCAGUUUGCAAGUCUUGGAGCUUCAAGCCGAUCUCGACAACGCUGCUAAGCCAGGGGGGCUCUUGCAUCAUGAUGAAUGGGUACCGACCAGUGUCAACUACCACGACUUUUUACUCGCCGCGAUGAUUGCUUGUUUGGACUUGUACGAGUCGCACCGACAGGGCGUCUAUGUCAAGAUUGAUGGCUCUGCCAAAGACACCCAAGUCAGAACAUACCGAGCCCUGUCGAUCGCCCACGGCAUCUGGUUGACUAGAGCGAAUAGCGACAAGGAUGCCCUGAGAGCCGCCACCAUGCUUGGAGUCAUGUUUACAAAGUUUCCAAUUCCGUCAGGGGUAUUAGAAGACCUUUCCCAAGAAAAUAGCAAAUUUAUCCCUUCAGACAGACAGAAAGGAUCAUAUGUAUCGUCUCCGGAGUUCACGGAGUUCAUGGACACCUCCAAGACUGGCUCAGGAGCCAGUCAUUUUCAAGAACCUCCAGACGACAACGCCGCCCUUGAGGCAUUACUGAAGGACUCCGAGCUGGACUGGGUAAUGAUUGACAAGUAUAUCAUGGGUCUGGGGGAUGACGGGAUGGAUCUAGGGCUGGAUAAGUCGACAUGAUGCAUUGCAUGAGAAGGCAAAUAAAUACCCACGAUAGCUUGAAGUUGUAUAGACAAUGUGACAGGCACUGCAG